CUCAUACUUGAAUGACAUUUGCUAAACACACACACUGCAGUCUUUCACUCACGCUUGUUCUCUUCCUCUUCUGAGCUACUUAUCCAUCUGUGUGAGUCAUGGAGGGUGGAGACUCGACGCCUGCAGUACCAGUCACACUUUAGUUUUCUCGGUUAACUUAUACCAUCUCUCUCUUUCUCCCUCUCUUCUCUGCUUUUCUUGUUGCCGCCCCAGCCUGCUCGCCUACUUUUCCACCCUCUCUAAUUUCCAGAGGCUUGGCCGUGCAGUAAAACAGGACUCCUCCACACUGGCUCACAUCGGCGGUUUGAGAAGUUGAGCAGUUAAUUCUCACAGUACCAGCAGGCAAAAUGUUUCAGAAGAUUCAGGAAACUGGUUCACAUGCUGUGGAUAUCUAUAACUAUCUUGUGGCCGGAUUAGAUCCACGGCUGAAGGGCUAUCUACUGAUGGAGAGCCCUAUUCCCAUGACUGUAAUAUUGUUGUGCUAUCUGUUCUUUGUAUUGUACCUUGGACCGCGCAUUAUGGCCAAUCGCAAGCCUUUCCAUCUAAAGGAAGCUAUGAUUGUCUACAACUUCAUCCUGGUAGCACUGUCACUCUUCAUCGUCUAUGAAUUCCUGAUGUCUGGUUGGGCCACAACGUAUACCUGGAGAUGUGAUGCAAUAGAUACCUCCGAGAGCCCUCAAGCCCUAAGAAUGAUCCGAGUGGCUUGGCUAUUCUGGUUCUCAAAGAUUAUUGAACUCAUGGAUACAAUGUUUUUCGUGUUGAGGAAAAAACAAAGCCAGAUCACCUUCCUCCACAUCUUCCACCACUCAUUCAUGCCUUGGACCUGGUGGUGGGGAGUUAGCUAUGCCCCUGGUGGAAUGGGAUCGUUCCAUCCAAUGGUGAAUUCUUGCGUCCAUGUCAUCAUGUAUUUCUACUAUGCCCUUGCUGCUGCUGGACCACGUUACCAGAAAUUUCUGUGGUGGAAGAAAUACAUGACUGCCAUUCAGCUGGUCCAGUUUGUCCUGGUAUCUCUCCAUGCUACUCAGUAUUACUUCAUGGAGAGCUGUGACUACCAGUUUCCCUUGAUCAUCCACCUCAUCUGGGUGUAUGGAACAUUCUUCUUCAUUCUGUUUUCCAACUUCUGGAUCCAGGCUUAUGUGAAGGGCAAGCGGUUGCCAAAGCAAGACAUUAAGCAAAGUCUGAAUGGUACAGCUGUGUGCGCUAACGGCAAGCACUAUGGAAACGGCACCAGUAACGGUACCAGUCACGGAGCUUCCAGUGGCAACACUAGCAGCUAUGCUCACUAUGAGAACGGUAGCACUCAUAUGGGCAAGAUGAAGAAGGCCUAGGAUCUCUGUAAGGAAACACCCAAGAUGUAUGACAUUAUGGACCUGUCCAAAGUGCUAUGGAUUCCAAAGAUUAUUUUGGCUGUUUCUUUUCCUGUUUUUAGUUGUGUACAGAAAACACAAGAAAGUGACAUGGUCAAUGACUUCCACAGUUGGGGUCUCACCUUUGUAUGUUUCUUUGAGCUGGGAAACCUGCUUUGGAACACAAUGUAUGAAGAGAAGAUGUUUUGAUGUAAAUGGUUAUCUUCACUGAUGUUGCAAACAUCUCAAUGGUGACAUAUCACCCCACUUGUCUUGAUACUUAUGACCCACACGUGCUCUUGACCCCUUCUGUGGAUAGACGACUGUAUAGUUUCUAUCAAACUUGAAUACAGUUCUUGUAAAUAGUUUUACAGGAAACCAAAAAAAAAAAACUAAUUGUAUGCUUUAGAAUUUCUAAAUUUUGUUAAAGUGCAUAUUUAAAAUUAAAAUGCCAAUAAAUCAGUUUUAAAUCU